AUGUCUUCACCAGAGUCCAUCACCGCGCCCUCCCCCGACGCGGAAGGCUCCCCCGCCUCCCCCGAGAGGCCCACGGGCAACAAGUACGACCAGAUGUUCGGGUCCGACGACGAGUCCACGCACGCGCCCAACGACGACGAGGACGACGAGGACGCCGGCGUCCGCAAGCGCUCCCGCCGGGUCGGGACCAAUGGCGACGGCGCCGCGGACGAGGACGCCGAGGGCGAGGAGGAGAACGAUGACAAGGACCUCUUUGGCGACGACAGUGACGAGGAGGCCCCCAAGCCAAAGGAGCUCAGUGAUAACGAGCUGGAGGGCACGCCUGAGCUGGACGAGCAGGAGAACGAGCCCGAGAGAGAGUACAGGAGCAUUGAUGUGUCUCUGCCCCGGCACCCCGUGCCAAACCCGGGGAACGACGAUCUCUACCUCCUCCGCGUGCCCUCGCUCAUCGCCAUCCAGCCGCAGAUCUUCUACCCCGAGAACUUCACGCUCAAGAACCUCGCCACCACCGACACCAUGACAUCCCCCUACACCGCCGCCACCACCACCAUCCGCGUCCGCAAGUCGCCCGUCGACCCCAACACCCUCCAGUCCAACGCACGCAUAAUAAAAUGGUCCGACGGCUCCCUCUCCCUCCAGAUCGCCUCCUCCCCCAACCUCUACGACCUAACCUCCAAGCCGCUCGCCCCCUCCCACAAGACCCCCGAAAAAUACGACCCCGCCCAGGACUCCCACACCUACCUUCUCACGCCGCACGAGUCCGCCGGCAUGCUCCGCUUCCUCGGCCACGCAACCCACUCCCUCAACGUGCUCCCCACCGGCGCCUCCCAAGCCAACGCCGAGGCCGUCAACCGCCUCCACGAGCAGCUCUCCGCCGCCCAGGCCGCGCGCGGCGGCCGCCGCGCCGGCCAGCCCGCCAUCGAGAUCACAGACAUGCGCGACCCGGAAGCCGAGCGAAAGGAGGCCGAGCGCAUCUCGCGCGACAAGGAGCGCGCCGCCAAGAAGCUCGAGAACCAGCAGCGGCGCGCGCGCGGCGGCGCGGGCGGGGCCGGCGAGGCGCGGGGCGCGGGGGCAAAGUUUCCCCCGCGCUCAACGGGCACGCGCAGUAAGCGCGACUCGCCCCCGAUUAACGUGGGCGCGCGCAAGUCGAACCAGGACGAGUAUGAUCUCGAGGACGACUUUGUGCAGGGGAGUGAUGACGAGGAGGUUGUGGAGAGCUCGGAGGAGGAUGAGAGUGAUGAUGGCGGGAGGCGGAGGAGGCCCGUGGCGGCGGCGGCGGCGGCGGGGGCGAAGAAGAGGAGGGAGGAGGUGGUGGAGGAGGAGGAGGAGGAGGAGGAUGAGGCGGAGUUUACGGAUGAGGAGAGGGCGGAGAGGGGGAGGGGGGGCGGGAGGGCGGGGAAGAGGAGGAGGGUUGUGGAUGAUGAUGAUGAGGACGAUGAGUAG